AUGGGGCAGGAUGCAGGCGACACGACUGAGCCAGCGCCUCAGCAUGCUCCGUAUGACAUCCAACUCCACCAUCAUAGUAUUUCUCCCUCCGGGGCACCUCUAGCGGUGAAAGCGAAGCGAAGAAGAACAAGGUUGAUUGCCCUGAACCACGCUCUUUGGCCCAACGACCAAUUUCUAACCAUCUGUAGCCCUCAGGACUGUGCCGUCCUCGAAGCCGCGUAUCAACAAAAUUCCAAACCAGACAAGGCCGAAAGAGCCCUGAUAGUCAGUCGGGUGGCCCUCGGUGAGAAAGAAGUUCAGAUUUGGUUUCAGAACCGUCGACAGAAUGACCGUCGUCGGUCCAAACCGUUGCAGCCGCAUGAGCUCGUGGCCCAUCUCCGCAACAGUAAUGCCAGCCCUGCUCCUCCUCAGAUGAGCUCAUCUCCCAGCCCCGAAGAUCUUUCCGCUUCUUCGUCCCAUCCAAGUUCAUCUUUGGCGCCUAUUGAGCCCUUCAACCGACCUACCUCGAGAGGCUCAAGCAUUCAUGAUCUUCUCAAUCCAACCAUACCAGAGGACGAUGCAAGCCUCAAGCAUAGCUCACAAGAAACAGUGGGAGGAAGUACACCGCCAUCCAGCUUCGAGAAGGACGUGUUGACAGUCGAGGCGCCGCUUCCAAGUGAAACUCAAAAGAAAGUGACGGAAAUUUGUGACGGACGGACGGAUGUUAGCAGUGAGCAUGGAAGCGCGAGAAAGAGAGACCAUGAUGAGAUGACUGGUGCACACCCUCCUUGUCCCAGGCCAGAGAGACAAGAAAAGACUGGGGAGGCCGUCAUCUCCAAGGGCCCCCUCUUGAGAGCAUCCAGUUUCGUACGACUAGCAAUGACUGUGGAUGGAGCUGUCAAGGUUCGGACGAACAAUGAGCCCACGCCAUCACCAGAAAAGCCACGUGCUUCAACUCCAACCAUGCAUAACAGGCAAAAGGCGUCCUUGGUCCGGAGCAAGAGCGCUGUGAACGAAGUGGAGGUUUUCCGCGACAGCGUUCAAGGAGCAGGACCCAAGAGCAUUGGAGGUGGAUUUGGUCGGUCCCGCGACGCCAGAACUUGGGAGUUUUAUUGCGACAGCAAGACAAAAGAUGCGCUUUCGACCCAGGCUGAAGCGGAGAGUGCGGGUUCUGCUGUCAGCGCCAUCAACCUCAUUCGAUCGAACAGUUUCAAGCCACGUCUGCAGGCUCUCAGCCCGUCUUUGUCGAAGACCAAUUCUCAGCGAGCGACUGGGAAGGGAGACAGGCCGAAGCUAUCUCGCGCCAAAUCUUCACUGGGACGUCUGCAAGGCUUGGAUUCAUCGGAAGAUCCAUCGAGCGGCAAACCGAAGCUUCUUCAUGGUCAUGUCAGGUCACCAUCUGAAGACUCGGACAAAGAGAAUUGGGCUCCUGGAACCAGGAUGUCGGAGCAUCCCUUGCGCAGAACUCAGCCCAGCACAUGUUCCCGACCGGUCCUGCAGGAAAAUGAGCAGAUGACAUUCCCAGAUGUUAACUCCUCACACAAGCGUCCCGAAGGAGGACCUAGUAAUCGAGAAUCCCCGACCAAAGAGACGGCCAAAGGUGAAGAAUUUGAUUGCGUUCAGGGGUUGCUUUCGCUCAGCCAGGGAGCUUGGUCCAGAUGA